ACAAAAUUUUCCUUUUCUAUUUUCGAUCUUGUGAAUUACAAAACGCGGCUCCAACCCAGAUAUCAAACAUACCAAGCUGUCUACACCCUAAAUCCUUCACACACCAUAACUGGUUUGCACUUUCAUCUCUCAGCUUUCAAAUCCUUCUCCAGCUAUCAUAUUUCCCCCCUCAAAAAUAUCCAAAAUCAUCGACAUAUAAAUAGAUGGCUUCAACCGUUUUCUUCAACUACCAACUGUCACUGAUUCUCUUUACUAAAAAUACAUACACAACAACAUCACCAUGCCUGAAAACACGACUACUCAUGCAUCGUCGUCGUCGGGCAAAGCUUCGACCGGCCGUCAUCCGGUGUACCGUGGAGUGAGGCGUAGAAAUAACGGAAAAUGGGUGUCUGAAAUUCGUGAACCGAAAAAACCUAACAGGAUUUGGUUAGGAACAUUUCCAACACCUGAGAUGGCAGCUAUUGCUUAUGAUGUAGCUGCUCUUGCUCUUAAGGGUAAAAAUGCAGAACUGAAUUUCCCUAACUCUUCCUCUUCUUUACCUGUUCCUGCUUCUUCCUCUGCCCGCGAUAUUCAGACGGCUGCAGCUAGUGCUGCAGCCGCCAUAGGCGCAGCAGAGGAUGCACUUGUGAAUAUUAAUGAUGGAAAUGAUAGGAACCAUGCAGCAAUGGCGACUCAACAAGAUUUUUUUUCAGUUGGUGAGAAUGAGAAUAGUUAUAAUGUUAAUGAAUUUAUGGAUGAGGAUUUGAUCUUUGAUAUGCCUAAUGUUUUGGCUAAUAUGGCGGAAGGAAUGCUACUUAGUCCUCCUCGUUUCGACUUUGCGAGUAACGAAUACGAUGAUACACCAGAAAGUUAUGUCUGUGAUGAUCCGAACCUUUGGAGUUAUCCUUUUUUUCCAUAAGAUGUGUAUAAAUGACAUGAAUGGAUGAUAAAAUAUAGUAAUAAUGGAAAGGUAAGAUGUAUAAUUAAAUAUGAGAGAACUCUCACAUAGAGCUAGGCUUUGCUUAGACAUGAGGAAAUGUGUGUGUGUCUGUGAAAGUUGAAGUGUGCCUUUCUUUGUUUCUUUUGUUCGUUUAUUUCUUUUUAUGUACAUUAACUAGGUAUCUUCUAUGUUAAUUAAGGUUUGCUGAUAUAGUGCACCUUAGUAUGUAAUGCGUAUAUAUUAUCAUGUAAUGUAAUGUGUUAAUAUUUAAAUAACCAUUUUGGUUA